GUCGACUAAUCCCCUAACUGGUUGCGCACGAAACUGUACUAUUAAACCCUCUUCCGAGGAGACAUAAACACAAACAUCUCAAGGGCGAAAACAUCAGGUGGUCUGAAAAUCAGAGGUUUCUUUUGAUCGGAGAAGAGACAUGGCAAGAGAUAGCUGUUUGGCGAGAGUCGCAGCCGGCGGUGCAAUUGGCGGCGCUAUUGGCGGAGCCGUUGGUGCCGUUUACGGAACUUAUGAGGCGGUCAGAUACAAGGUGCCCGGUCUUCUUAAAAUCCGGCAUAUUGGACAAACAACGCUCGGAAGUGCUGCCCUGUUUGGUCUUUUCUUGAGCGCUGGAAGCUUAAUCCAUUGUGGAAAGUCGUACUGAUAAGCUUCUUUUAAAUCCCUUGUAUCUUUUGAAAGGAUAGGCCUUCAUAAUCAUGUCCCCCGCUGCGAAUUCUGAGCAAGAUACCGAGUUGUCUGGCACAAACAACAGCUGCUUGAAUGUGUGAUUCGACCGUGGGUACAAAGAUGAGCUCAGGUUUGGGCCUAGAAGGUAUCAAAAACCUCAGAUUUUGUGCGGUAGAUUGGAGAAUAUUGCUAAAUGAUGCAUUGUUCGGUGUGAAAAAUGAAGUGGAGAAAGGUAUCGAGGAUUCAGAAGUGAGGUUAACACAAUGAAAAAACCUGUAUUGGAGAGAAUCUGAAGCAGAACUUGAAGAUGGUAACAACACGAUUAGUAAUAAUGAUAAGAUGACUGAGGUUGAAGACACCAUCUUUUUGUUUUGUUUUGAGCUCAAUCAACUAAUGUAGGAGAUGGAAAUGGAGGUUGAUACAUCGCAUAUAGAAUCAUAGUGCAUAGUUGUUGAGUUUCAAUCACUGAUUAUAUGGGACCAUUGAGAUGGGUUCGAAAGAUAUGAUAAGAUAUUUUUGAAAUUAUUAAUAAGAUACUUGUACUCCCAUUGCUUGAUAAACUGUUUUGGAUUGGAGGGACUCCCAAUACUUCUUCAUAAGGCAUAAGUUGAGCGUUUGAUUUGACCUAAUUUUAAAUAAAAAAUAGAACCGGAUAGAAUAGAUCAGAGCUUACUGGACCAGACUAGCUGGGAAUAGAAUCCCUACAAGUUUGAUGGAUGAAUCGUAGAACCUAACAACCAAAAGUUGAAUAGAUUAUGCUGACUAUUACUGUAUUACAUUUAUCAUGAUUACCUAACACAUGAAAAAAUUGAAGCCUGA